AUGUUCGUUUCUCCUGACCAACACGAGCAAACUCCUCGCCUCGAAGACUUCUUCUGGACGGGGUCUGGUGAUGGACCGCCUCCGCCCCCGGAUCAGCCGCUGGAACCAGUUCAGCCGUCGCCACCCCUCGUUAGAACCACGACCGUGCUGGCCACAGUAUACCUGGAUUCUUAUCCGCCACAGGCGGUGACAGACAAGUCCACAGGGGAAUGUGUCCUGAACUGCGGAGAUGCGGUACCAGACAGCUUGGAGCCUGAGAUUCCAGAAGAUCGGAGAUAUUGGCUGCUCACAGUCAUCCAGGGCUCAACUCCAGAUAGCCUGCAGCUGAAACUCGCUCGGUUGUAUCAGAAAGCAUUCUUGAGACAACAAGAACGCCACCUCGGCAUCAUCAAAUCAUUAGACGCACCUCCUGCCAGGAAGAAGCAUGACGUACAUUCAUUUGUUGUUAACGAAAUCAAUAACAUCAACUCAGUCCACUCUAAUAGUGCUAACACAGCUAUUAAAUACUUUCAUAGCUCUAUCGUUCCUAAAGAUAUUUUAACUUCUGAAAAUACUAAAUCAUUUGCAAACAGAACUGAUAAUAUUGAAAUUUUUGCUAGUAAUCUAGACACAUCACUCAGCGGGGAAAUAAAAGCAACAAGAUUAAAUGAAGUUGAAUCUUGGAUAUUAGUGAAUCCAACAGUUUUAGUACGAAAACGAGAAGUGUCAGAUCGCGGGGACAAAGAAGAAUUAGACGAUGAUAAAGAAGAAAUGAUUGAUAUUCCUCUGGAAGCAGAUUCUAAUAAUACUUUGGUUUAUAAGAGGGAAAUAAUAAAGCCAGAGCAACAGCCACCGGUACAAGUUCACAUUCAGAACAUAACCGAGUCUCCAGAAACCGGCAGCGUUCAGAUAGUGUACGUGGUGUUAGUGGGGGGGAGGGCGGUGCCGGCCGCGGUGGCGGCGCGCGACAUGCGGCUGGUGCGCGACGCGGAGGUUGCGCGGGAGUUGGGCGCCGUCGUCACCACCAAAGCUGAGCCAGCGUACCUGAAGGCGGCGGAGGGGCUCGAGGGGCGGGCGGCGGGCGGGGUGCACGGAACCGAACUCUGGGCCCUCGCAGUGGGGUCCACUAUCGCCGUGCUACUGCUGCUAGUCCUGCUAGUUCUGCUGUGUCUUGCUCACAGGAAAAAAGCAAUGAAAUCCGCAGCUUCUUUGAGGGCUUAUCGGAACGAGAUGAUGAGGGAAGCUGAGAGGAACCAGCUUAAGCAAGUGCACGAGGAAAAAGACGGCAGGCUAAUCAGCGUAGUAUCUCCCAGUAGAACCCGGCCGAGCAGUACAUUGUUACCUGUCUAUAGAGCGGGCAGUGCCAGUUCCACAACAAGCUCCUCCGGCGUGUCUGAAGUAACCACAGCAUUAAGAAGGCGACAGAAGAAACCACACGCUCUAAGAAUGCCACAGAAGAAAAGAGUGGGCACCACGGACAGUUUAUUAGAAGCAGCCGGGCUGGACAGCUCCGACAGCGGGCAGCCGUCGGCGCCGCCCACGCCCACAUCCUACCUCUCUAUGCCGUCCGUCAAUUCCUUCCCAAGGGGUAACGUAGUGGAGCCGCUGUCCCGUAUCCUGGAGCCGGUGUCGGUGCGCCACCUGGACGCGGAGUCGCCCGCCGCCAGCCCCGCCCCCCACCACCAGCACACGAUCCCCAGGAGACAGAUGCCCUCCCAGCUGGUGCGGCUGGGCAGCAUCGACAGGGACCCCGGCGUCAUCGGCCCGCUGGUCUGGGACUUGCACUGUCAGAGGAUAAAAGAUGCAUCCAAGCCAUCAAGCCCAGCAAAGUCUACCACUCCAAAACCAUCAUCGUCAGCCAGCAAGGACGCUGUUCCUUCGCGGAUGCGUCAGCGGUUCAAUGAACUCAUGGACGAUGCGUUCACCCUGUUUGGCAGCGCGGCUUCCAGUCCCAACUCCCAGGGCACAUAUACUGUCGACACUGAUGACAAGGACAAGAAGAUGGGUCGUCUGGCAGAAACAAGUGCGCCGGCGCAGGCCCGCAACGAGCACGUGCGGCGGCCCGGCGCGUCCGCUGGACCGGGGGGAAGGGGUCCCACCAGCUCAGCCGCGAGCGAGCGACCCCGCACGUCCUGGUCGCGCUCCCCGCGAGCGCCGGCCCGCGCCUGGGGCCCGCCGCAAUCGCUCAAACCGCGGCCUCCAGCGCCGACAGUGAACCCCGCCCUUAUAACGGCCGAGGGCAGACUACCACCUGACGACCCGGCUUUGCCUCUCAUUUCAGCCAUCAAGGACGAAAUCCAACGAAUCAGGGAACACGCCAAACCAAACCCUAAUACUUAGCCAUGAGAUUUGCAAAUCUUAAUAACAAGUGAACUUGGAAUUCAUCUCUUAGGCGAUGGUUAGCAGUAGCAACCUAUUUGAAUCUCAAUUCCAACAAUAAGCCAUACAGCAGUAUGUGGCCAUUUUUUCGAGACUGUGUAGGCUUGGCUCCGUCUGCCCCGAAAGGGAUAAAGACGUGAUAUAUGUAAAAUUUGCAAAUAGUUAACGGUACAAAUAUUAUUAUGAUAUUAUAUUUAGUAAUUUACUGCCAGAAAUAAGGAUAUUUAGGUGUAAAUGUAGUUCGUUUUAUAUUAUUAUUCAUUUUAUAUUAGUUUUAUAAGCAUUGACCCUUGGGACCUCCUUAGAACCUAACAUCCGCCUCGCAAAAGUCCAUGUGCCUACAUAAUACUAUUUCAUUAAUAUGAACUGAAUGUGGCCUUCCACUCUUUUUUAAACUGUUGGCUCUGUCCACCCCGCAAGGGAUAUAGAAGUGACUAUAUGUAUGUAUGUAGUUCUUAUAAUUGAAGCCGGAUCAAUUAUUAUUAGGAAAGUAUUAUUGUUAUUUAUAAGUAAUCACUUAUUGUUGAUAUUAUGUUUCUUUUUGUUGAAUACUCUGUUUGAUAUUGUUUUUCUAGUAUACCUAACUUAAAUUUUUAUACAGUAAUAUUCUGUAGUUUUAAAGUUGUAGUUAUUUAGCCUAUU